AAUUCGUGGUGCAUAGAGAGUAAAUUAAAUAAAUUAAAUAAAUUUUCGCUACCUGCAGAACAUAAAUAUAAACACAAGCCUUUUUAAUUGGAAAAUAAUGAGCAACUAAAUGAAAUAAUUUUCCACAUAAACAAUUAGUUUUUGAUAAUUUUAAAGAUAUUUAUUAAGGAUGAUUUGCCAUUGUUAUAUACAGUUAUUACCUUCUGGUAGAUGCCAGUCUGUUUAAAUUCAGUUAAAAUAUUUCAAUCCCAAUUUGAGCUUUUGUCUAUAGACAACUUUAAAUUGGAUUAAUUAAUUAGGUAAUAAUAAUAGUGCCUAUCAAGCAUCUCUUUGAUACAUAACUUCAUAUAUGUAUGUAUGUAUUUUUAUUAAAUGCUACUUUUUUUUGUGGUUCGUUGUUAAUUCCUAAUACUACUCUUUGGUUAAUUUACCGUCAGUUGCAUGGUGAUUCAUUUACCUCAAACUGCUUACCUCUUCCGCAUAUUUAUCAAACAUUUCUGCUACACGUUCUUUCUCGUUGUCUUGCCGUCGGAAUUUUAUUAAAACAAAAUUCUUAAUCUCUGAGUUCAUUGCUAUGUUUCAGUAUCUAAGGAAGUAAAUACUUUGCCAAUCCUAUCUAUUUUAGUCGACACUGCUGUUUAGCGGCUUAUUUGUCAAGAUUUUCGUAAGUUUGGUAAUGACAUAGGAGAGUAUAAGUAAAGGCAAAAUACAUAAUCGCCAAUGCUUACUAUACGCUAACGUAGAAAAUACAAUAAAAAAAACUAAAGUUUAUAGAAGAAACUGCUUUUAGACCGCCAGUACCCAUUUAUUAUUUGUGUCGACUGUUGUAGCUUUGCAAGAGUAUUAGAAGUGCAACGUCGUGUUAUCAAUGUAUGAUACCCUGUUAGUUACUAAUCACUCCCUCACAUAACUCUAAAAUGUUGUUUUUUUCAUAGUAGAGAGCGACUAUUCUUAGAGAAUUGAUUUAGAUUCGGUUUUUUCCUUGAAACUAACUUGCUUUGCAAAAUGGAGCUGCUCGGGGAAAUUUCAGUAAUUCCAGAUCUCAGCCUGUAUGAAAUGACGUUAAUUGCAUUUGAUUUGUGAUUUUUGCAAAAUUUGGAGAAUAUACAAUAUAAUGUGGAGCUUACAAAACUUAGCAUCAGAUCAAUGACAAUAUGUAUUAUGAACCUUUUAGGCAAAUCUCUUUAACAUUGAAUCGCAGCACGAGCUUCGUUGCAAUUUCGGUCGACAAACUGUUCAAAGACUGAAAUGCUACACAGCGCGGCAUUUAAAAUAUGUAAAACCCAAGGUUUACCAUCAUAUGGUAUUUUCUUACACAAAUAAACACCCAACUGGAAAAAUGGUACUGCAUUGCAUAGAUAUCUAUAUAGUGUGACGAAUAUGCACUGCAAUUCCAUGUAAGCGAAUUGAAUAUGAGUGCUGGCUUUGCGGCACAUAUUUUGGAGUUAAUUUUUGUCGAAAUGACUCUUAGAAUCAUUCAUUAAAACAUAAAUCGAAAAUUAGUUUGAAUAUACUUAUGUUAUAAUUUCGUGUGAGAACUCGAAAUGCCAGUGUUCCUAACCUUUUAUACAGCUUUCCAACUGUGCCUGUGCCACCCACACAUAUACAAACAUACGUACAUUUAACUUUGACACAUCACGUGCUUGUGUGUGUUUGCAAAAAUGCCAACUGUGCGUGCGUGAUUCGGAUAGCAACUCGGCGCGUAACAGUUUCCAAAAUGCAGGUGCUACCAAUCAAGUGGCUGGGUAUCAGCAAAGCGGCGAACACAAAGAGCAGCAACGGUGCUCAUUUCGCCGUGAUGCUGAUACCGUCAUGUUUUCGGUCUUAUUACUCUCACAUUUCGCUUCUGGUUCCAUUUAAAAACUAAUUAAACAGAAAUGACAUAAACACUUUUACUGCAUACGUGCAGCGCACAAAGAUCUACGUAUGCACACGCGAGCGUUCGCAUACACACAAACACUCAUGAAAUUACAUACACCCACAUAACUCAUGUAAGAGUUCUUCUUAAGUUUUUCGUGAGUGCAGUGCAAACUAAGCUGUGACAGUAACGACGAAGACAAAGUCUUUCAUUAACAGGAAAAUCAAAAAAUUGCUAGCAAAAAGUAUUACGGAGAAUAUACUAAGUAGUAGUGCUAGUACCAUAAUAUAUACAUAUAUAAAAGUAUGCAAAUAGUAAAAAGUUUGUUUGUAUGAAUCGAGUCAAGGUCAAAUUUACACCGCAAUGACGGCUCAGCUCUACAUUCCAGUUUGUACACAGGCUUGCCGGGUCACCAUCAGUCAGGAAAUGGCGGAACCGGUGAAGUGAUGAAUGUAUAAAACUCAUUACCGUAGAACCAAUGACCAAGCCCAAUCAUGCAUAUCGGAGUGCAGAAUCUAAUUAAUAUUGUCGGUCAGUGCAUCACAUAUUCAAGCAACAACAACAAAAAGAAUAUCAAGCACGAGCGCGGCGCUAAGUGUAUAUCGAGUGUAGUUUAAUUAUACCUCUCCGAUACUGUGCUGCCGCCGAGGUGGCGGAACCUAGUGCACGCUGCGGAUAACCGCCGGAACAACCUAAGGCGGAUGCAGGGUUGCAGCUGCAAUUUGCAGUGUACGUAUUUUCCACGUUUUGCGGCACAAUGACCAAUACGGUUCGAAUACUACUUCUAUUAAGUGCCGCACAAAUUAGGCCGUUGAAGCGAUUGGCGGCAUAAAUAAAGUUCGGAUCGGGCUUUCGGUCGAGUCUUUCACGCGAGGAGUGAAUUGUUUAUAGGAAAAACGCAUGCAAUUGAUUAGCAGCAUUCAAUGAAAUCUUAUAAGACAUUUCCUUCGCGACGUAAACGGUGGCGUAAUUUAUGUAUGAAAUUUGUCUAACGGUUUAGAGAACGGUCAGUUUAACCUCAUUGGAAAUCGGGCGGCAAGCUGAUUUACUGAGCGUGCGCACAUAAAUAACAGUAAAAACAAUUAGGUAACAGCAACUGCUAUGUAGGAAGAUGGUAUCGUUGGCGGAAAUUAACACCACAGUACCAAUGACGCCGGGCGGCUUCUUCCGGAUAUACGGUCUCAACGUCGGCGGUGAUGACGAUGACAUCGUUAUAAAUGGCAGUGGUGAUGGUGACAACAACGGGGUGGAAAGGGUUGUUAUGGACGCUUGGAAUACAUUUGGCAGCUCAAACUCAACUAGCAGCCAAGCGACGAAUGUGACCUCAAUGAACUCGUCUUCGAUGACCCAGCAUAACACCACAUUCGGCGAUAAUGCCAACAAUACAUCCUAUACAUGGCCAUCAGCAACGGAUGAAUCGUACAGUGACUUGGAUUUCCAGUCAUCUUCUGUAUUUGUUGGUUCUAAUUCAACGUUGCCUACAGAUAGGAAAGCAGCGAACGGAAAUGGAAUUGGAAAUGAAGGUGGGUGGUCGGUUGAUGGUAGCUAUGACACCACUGAAGGCGCACUUGAUAAUUGCACUACACCAACAAACAGUUUGUUUGAUAUUGCCUUUACGACAACGGGAAAGAGUCGCGUUGCUGUUGGUGAGAACGGGGAUGAUAUCAACUUUGCUUUGAUCGAUAGUGCGGAAACAGCUAUGGGCGGUGACAAUGAUUACGAAACAGUAGAUGGUUUUAAUGGUGGUGUUGACGAAGUUGAUCGCCUACCGGACAAAAGUACUGAUUUUAUUCGACAUUCCAGCGCAUUAGACAGUUUCGGAUCGAUAAGAAACGAAUCGUAUUACCCGAGUUUCGAUGGCGGCGGGACGAGCGUGGCGACCGUGAGAAAGGAUGUAACUGGUGGCGCGGGCGAUAAGAGUGGUAGUUCAUUCAUGCUGAUGCUUGAAGACUUUGGCGAUUAUUUUUUUAAUUUUAACGGAACCGGCAGCGGGGUCGGUGAUGGUGUCGCGUUUUCGGAUACACAAUCUACAAUAAGCACUUUAAAUGCGACCGACUUCCUCACACGAACUAAUUGCUCAAAUAUAACGGAUUUGUGUGUGGAGCCAUAUGAUGAAAUUGAUCCGAAUUAUUGGGCGCUUACGUUGAUGGUGUUUCCUGUGCUGACAUUGUUCGGUAAUAUUUUAGUGAUCCUUUCAGUGUGCCGCGAACGAUCCUUACAAACGGUUACGAAUUAUUUUAUCGUGUCAUUGGCAAUAGCCGAUCUACUAGUUGCUGUCGUGGUGAUGCCGUUUGCGGUUUAUGUUUUGGUGAAUAGAGGACGUUGGGAUCUUCCUGGGUUCAUAUGUGAUUUUUAUAUAGCUAUGGAUGUGAUAUGUUCAACAUCAUCGAUCUUCAAUCUAGUGGCGAUAUCGAUAGAUCGGUAUAUUGCUGUGACGAGACCCAUAGAAUAUGCGAAACACCGGAACAGUCAACGUGUUUGCAUGACUAUCGUAUUCGCCUGGGCAAUUUCAGCGGCUAUCGGUUUACCAAUAGUUUUGGGCCUCAACAACACACCUGAUCGCGUUCCGCAACUUUGUAUAUUCUAUAACAGUUUGUUCAUUCUGUGCUCUUCGUUAAGCAGUUUCUACAUUCCCUGUACAAUUAUGGUUUUCCUAUACUGGAAUAUUUUCAAGGCACUGAAUAUGCGAGCCAAGAAGCAACGCGCCGCGCGAAGGCCGCACCUAUCGGAGCUGACGGGUGGCAGCGUCAUUGAGAAUGUGGCACAAACGCGCCGGCUGGCCGAAACGGCGCUGGGCAGCGACAGGCACGCGGUCCGCAUAAUUCCUGAUGAGCCGGCGACGAACACUGCAUCGGGGUCAAACGAGGAAGAGGAGGAUCCCGGCGGUGGUGCCAUAUCGCCGGACAUCGACGAUUGCCAUGUCAUCGUCAAUGACAAAUCCACAGAAUUUAUGCUAGCUACCGUGGUGGAGGAGACUGGCAUUGUUGUUGCGCAGAUCAGCAGUCCACCACAACUUGUGGUGGCCGAUCCAAAUGGUAAUCAUGAUUCUGGUUAUGCACCCUCAAACGUUGACGAUGUCCUUGCAGGCGCAGCCGCCGAUUCGUCGCCGCCGGAUAGCCCGGAGCCUAGUGGGACAUACAAACGAUCCAGUGUGAGCAGCAGUAGACGCAACACCGCUACUGGUGAUUCACCCACCAAACGGGAGCCCUCCCUCAGUGUUGCGAUGAAGCCGCUGUCCUUCGUCCGCUGCGGGGUCCAAGAAGCAAUUACACUGGCACGCAACGACUCCACAAUUUCAGCAGCGUCGAAGAGCUCUUCACGUAAGGACAAAAAAAACUCGCAGGCCUCGAGGUUCACAAUAUACAAAGUACACAAAGCUUCGAAGAAAAAGCGCGAAAAGUCGUCGGCGAAGAAAGAGCAGAAAGCCACCAAAACUCUCGCCAUCGUUCUGGGUGUCUUCCUGGUUUGCUGGUUGCCAUUCUUCACGUGCAAUGUGUCGGAUGCUAUCUGUGCUAUGUUGAGCAUAACCUGGCGGCCAGGCGUCACCCUCUUCAUAUUCACCACCUGGCUGGGCUACAUCAACAGCUUCGUCAAUCCCAUCAUCUACACGAUCUUCAACCCAGAGUUCCGCAAAGCAUUCAAAAAGAUCAUGCACUUAGGGUGAUUAACAUCAUCGCUGAUCGGACCAAUCUGCGCUAAAGUAAACGCGAACGUGCAAAGUAAUGAGCACAAAUACAUUUUUAUAAUGAUAACGGUGGAAGUGGGCAAAAUAUUUCUUCAUUAUAAUAGCAAUAACAAAAACUAUAACUAUACUAACACACGCAUUGCCCGUCGCAGCGACAAGAGUCAUAAGCAUUACUUCGCGAUUUUAUAGACGACAACCCGCGCAUGCAAAAAAACUCAACAACAACAACCACUUAUAAAUAUAGACACAUAUACUAAUUACAAUAACUUUAGAGUAGCUCUAGGUAAAAAUUAAGAUAUCCAAAUUAAAUUGAAGACUUUUGGUCGAUCUUAAUUGCCGCCUACAUUUUCUAAAUACUAUUUACCAUAUAUUUACAUAUUGAAUAAAUAUGGAGGUGGAAAAUAUUCAUAUGCACAGCAGAGAACUUAGUAAGUGUAGUGCCUCUAGCUGUACAAAGAGUUAGCAUUGAGUAAUGGUGGAUCAGGUCCACAUUUGCAUGUACAUACAUAAAAUAAUCUCACAUCUAGGCUUAACGGGAACUGUUUGUAAAUAUAUAUACCUAAAUGCUAACAAAUUGGCUUUAUACUCCAUUUUGGCCCGUGUACAAUAUAGUGGACGAAUGUGUAAGUAGUUAUAAUAGAACGAGGGAGAACAAAAGGGCCGCUUUCGAUAACGGUGCUAAAGUUUCUACUCAAAGGAAACGCAACAGCUCUCAAGCGCUUUAAUCAAGUCUCACGGAAACCUCUUUUCUCUACUUGCUGCUAAAUUUGUGGAGAGAAUUGUUUAUGCAUUCCCAUAUUAAAUAAUAAUCGAUUACGCUGUACUCUGCAGAGAAUCGAGUACUUUAGUCUGUAAACAAUUUGUUUAAAAUUUGCUAAAUAAUUUGCUGAUUGACUCAAUUAGGACGCUUUAAAGCCAAUAUAAACACAUAAGCUGUUUUCGGUUCGUGGAUACUAUGAUGAGUAUCUCGCAGUAACCACUUUUCUAGUCAAAGAAAUUUACAUGUAAAUGAAUAUCCGGAUACCUCAAUGAAAUAGUAUAACCGCUCAAUCCUAGCAAGUUUUCUUUGACACAUUUCAGUCCAGUUUUUCCAUCUAAUUAAAAGAAAAUGUAAAUUUUUAAUAUUGAUUUUUCAAAACUUAAGACAUGAAAUAGAAUAUAGCUAUUUAUAGAAAACUUAAGCCUCGAAUACUUUCUUCAACAAAUACAGAAGCGCGGCACCCAUUUCGGUAUAGCUAUAGUUUCUUCGAUCCAACGCUUGACAAAUCAAAGAGUAGAAACUUAUUCAGGUUUUGUUCCUUAUUUAGCAUUCUAGCAGCUCUUUAGCCCAAAACUAUCCACCAUAUUGUACACACAUACAUAUGUAUAUACAUACAUUACCAAGCAUUUGAGGGAAAUUAAAGUGCUUCCCCAGCAUAGUGCUAUAAUGUUAAGAAGAUAAAUUAUUUUCCAAAAGAGUAAUACACCAAGAGGGCAUAAGCAUAGAACUUCUUAAGUAAUUAGGUAAUCAAAUUUCUCACGCUAGUAAAAAAAUAUGAAUAUCAUCGCGCCAGAUUUCUAGCCUCAUUUCUCAAUUUUUAUUCAAGUCGAACAUAUCACCAAACCAACUUACAAUGAAUUUCGUAUAAACUCGAACACAAACCAACGAUAGUUUCACAUAUCUAGAGAACGGGCGAUUCCUUGAACAAUAAAAAACAAUUAUCAAAACGAAAUUUUGUAAAAUCGGUUUACCAAAUGGCUUGUAAACUUUAUACAGAAAUAAAUACUCGUAGGCUAUAAUUCUUACUUGGAGCAUGAAAGUGCUGGUUGUCAUAACAGCAUUAGUUAAGUCUAAUAAAUUUAUUCAAAUGAAACUCAUUUCUCAGAUACAUAUGUACAAGUAUGCGAUGUUGCAAAAAGAAGCCCCUGCAAAGUGUCCCGCAUCUCAAAUUAGAGAAAAUAUUGCCUCAUCCCUCUGAAAGACAUUGCCAGAUUUUCAAAAAAUCACCGAAAAUCGGUUUCUCUUUCGGAGUUUAAAAAUGGCAAAGCAAAAUGAGCCCCACUGCGAGACUUUUGCGGCGAUUUCUUUGUGCAGUUACGACAGAAAUAGCGUAAGGAAGUAAAAAAAAAACUAGUAAAACUCGAAAUGAAAGCAAUUAGAAGAACUUAGUUACUUAAUAAGACCUACUAAGUGCAAAAUAUAUUAUAGCAUACCAGAUGGCAUGAAAUUAGUUGAGUUAAUUAUGGAACAAUUAAUCUAAAUGAAUAAUCAAAACUCGUAAGAAAUAUCAGGGUACUCAAGUAAAUCAAAUAAAUAAUCAUAAUUAACAAAUUUAUAGCAAAUGUAAGUGUACAUAGGGAUAAUUAAGUUGCGAUUAAGAGACAAUGUUGCGUGUAUGUACAGUUAACUGUUAAGUAUAUAGUAUAUGUAUGUAUGUAGCUAAUUCCAAUGCCGCUGCAGAGGCAAACAUAGAAUUUGUUCAGUUUUAAUGACCGUCCUCUCAAUUGUUUCUAUGCGACAAAUAAUUAAUUAUACACAAAACAACAAAUACAUAAUUACAUAUAUGUAUGUAUAUAAAUAAAUAUAUACUCUUACAAUUAAAUACAAAAUAAAGAUGUUUAACUGUAAGUAAGCAAGAAAUCUCGCUUGAGGAAAUGAAAAAAAAAAUAAAACAAUAACUGCAAAGAAAGUAGUGAGCGAGAAUAGCGGUAAAUGCUCAACACUUUUGUACUUUCCUAUAAUUUUGUUACGCAAUUGAAUAAAUCAAUUUACGAUAUUUGUGUUUAGACUUAAACUAUUCAUACUUAGGCGUACAGAGUUGUUAGCGCAUAUGCAAAUGUAAGCAUUUAAGUGACAAAUAGUUAAGCGAUUGACUCUAAAUAGACUUAAGGCCCCACUCAGUUUCGUACCUAGCGAAGACAUGGCGACAAACUUAACUCUCCGCACACACACAUACAAGUACAAGCACUGUGUAUGUGCAUGUAAAUACAGCUGAGCAAACGGUACAAGUGCACAUGCACUUAUUCAUACAUAUUUACAUAUAUAUAAGUGAGUAUAUAGUUACAUAGUUACAUAUGUACAUAGAUAAAUGAUGUGUGCAUUGCGGUGAGUAGCAUAAAUUCUUCCAAAAGAGACGCUUAUUAAAUUUAAAUAUGUUAAUUGAUUGUAAUUAAUUACUAAAUUAUGUAUGUUCAACACAAAUAUAACUCAUUUAACGUGUGUAUGUAGUUGAGUUGUGUUGGUGAGCAACUUUUUCAAAUAAUUAAGUGUGGUUUUACUAGAAUUACACCCACACACAAAUAUAUAAUACAUACAAAUAUACAUAUGUAAAAUGAAAAACUGUUUACGCCACACACACACACACACAUAUACAUAUA